AGUGUGCAUUUGUUUGUGACAUUAGCAUUUGAGUGCUGUCAGUGUCAUAUGGCAAGCCAAGGCAGCUUCAACUGGUUCAGAGCAGAGACGGUUAUUAGUAUUAACCAUAGCGUCCGUUUACAGGGCUCUAUUCCUUCUGAAGAGUUGUUCGUAAUCCUGAACGGAGCACAGCUCAACACCGAGUAUUGUAUCCCAGCAUUGUUGAUGGAGUUCUUGCAAAGGAGCGGAGAUUACUGCCACGCCCAACAUCUCAUUGCUUAGGCCACAGGGCAGAUGCCUAUCUCUGCCCUUUGAAUGCCCAAAGUAAUACCAGCCUGCCCACACAGUUGUCCUUCUGGCUGGCAACCGCAAAGCAGACCAAUGGGUUAAAGAGAGACUGGGCCUAGGACAGUGUCACCUAACCGCGAGCACUCUACUCCCCAUUUCCCCUCCUCUCAGCUCUUCUCACACGGUUGUACCACAGAGACCAACCGCACUCUGGUCCUGCUUAGGCCGCAGACUACUGGGGGGGCUGAUGCUCCGAGGGUUUUUUUUUUUUGGUUGGGUCUGAGUGGCUGCUGACUGGAGAAUACUGCGGAGCUGUGCUAGCCGGGAGGAGUACUCGGCUGUUUGCACACGCACAGAGGUGUCUUGUUUGGUCCUGUGGAGGCUGGCCCAGUCUGGGGGUGUAUUUCUCCAGGAGGUGAGCUUCAGGGUGUGGCCAGGAUGAACCGGCCGGCCCCCGUCGAGCUCAGCUACAAAACGAUGCGCUUCCUCAUCACACACAACCCAACCAAUGCCACCCUCGGGACGUUCAUCGAGGACUUGAAGAAGUAUGGUGCAACAACAGUUGUGAGAGUGUGUGAGGUCACCUAUGACAAAACCCCCCUGGAGAAGGAUGGGAUUACCGUGAUGGAUUGGCCCUUUGAUGAUGGGGCUCCACCACCCACUAAGAUAGUGGAUGACUGGCUGACCUUGCUGAAGAACAAGUUCUGUGAGGAUCCUGGCUGCUGUGUGGCUGUUCACUGCGUAGCUGGACUGGGUCGAGCUCCCGUAAUGGUUGCCCUGGCACUGAUCGAGAGUGGGAUGAAAUAUGAGGAUGCCGUUCAGUUCAUCAGACAGAAGCGCCGAGGAGCCAUCAACAGCAAACAGCUGACUUAUUUAGAGAAACACAGAUCCAAGCAGAGACUGCGCUUCAAAGAGCCACACAACCACAAGAACAAAUGCUCCAUCAUGUAAACCCAGGACUCCCAGCCAACACUGUGAAAUAGACAGAUGGCUAGGCCACAAGAUCAGUGUAUUUAACUCUGGAGAUGAAUUAAGAGACUGAGCAUCCCCUCUGGUUUUACUGUGGGAUACCUGAUUCACUGGGACAAUCUCAGGGCUGCCACGGACAAGCCACCACAAUGUAGUUGAACAACAUAAACUCUCUUUUUUUUUUUUAAGGAUACACACACCCUCAUUGUCCGCUUGAAACUCCAGAUCAAUCAGAGCAGUUUGGUGGUUCUCAAAUCCAAAGCCAAUUUCAGCCACCAUUGUCAUAACUGCUGACUGCAAUAGCCAUCUUAAAAUCCGUUAAAAUGGAGAGGACACUGAAUGGUUAUUUAUAUUUUUGUCUCGAGGCUCAUUUACGACUCUGAUAUGGUCAAUGUAUUUUCACAUCACAGUGCUUGUCAAUUAUGCUUGGUUUCUCCCAUGUUUUUGAUGUCAUUUUGUUGUUUCACAUUGUCACACCCAUAGCCCCCUUUCUACAACACCACUGAAACCAUUAUGUGGGGAGAUUACCACGUGGGGUUAAAGGGUGGGGAGUCCUUAAAAACAAAGCAUUGUGAUAAUAUAAAUACAUUGUGAUAAUAUAAAUACAUUGUGAUAAUAUAAUACUCUGGGAACUGGGAUGCCACGCCACUAGCUGCUUCUAGAAGAAAUGUGGGGGUGACCUGGGAUGAGUUUGUAAUGAUGGGGAUGAAAGGUCUCUGAGAGCCACUGAUAUGAGUUCUGCUGCUCUGUACUCACAUGGGGUCCCCUUGUUUGUGUGUGUGUGUGUGUGUGUGUGUGUGUGUGAAGAGCGUCACAAUGCGGUGAGGCUUGAAUUGGGACAACAACUCAUUCUCUGGGAUUCUGCAUAUCAGUCUGACCUCUGAAAUAAAGGCCACACAAUGGUUUGUUCACAGUGAAUGAAGUUGACAUAAUAAAGUAUUUAAAAAUA